AUGAAUUCCAGUAGCACCAAAGUCCGAGUUGGACUCAUCGGGUGCGGUGAAGUUGCUCAAGUCGUCCAUAUUCCAACCCUGAGCUUCUUAUCAGACCAUUUCCGCAUUACCUACCUCUGCGAUGUAUCCACCGGUGCUCUCGAGCAUUGCCAGGGCAAGAUUCUCGGCCGCAUGCCGCCCAAGACGACCAAAAACGCAAGCGAGCUGUGCUCUUCCGAAGACGUUGAUGUUGUCUUCGUGCUCAGCAGCGACGAGUACCACAGCGAGCAAGCGAUUCUUGCCUUGCAGCACGACAAGUGCGUCUUUGUCGAGAAACCUCUCGCGCUGAAUCUCCGCGACAUGGAUCGCAUUCGGGCGGCGGAGGGGAGCUCGAGGGGCAGGCUUAUGGUUGGGUACAUGCGGAGAUACGCCCCAGCCUUUGAAGCCGCCGUCCAAGAGAUCGGAGGCAUUGAGAAGAUCCUGUAUGCGAGAGUCCGAGAUAUCAUUGGGCCCAAUAGCGUAUUUGUUGGCCAGUCCGGCACAUUUCCCAAAUCGUUCGACGAUUAUGAGGAACGGGAUGUCUUGGACCGCAAGGAGAGAGCCACAAGACUCGUGCAUCAGGCUCUAGAGGUCGAAUGCAGUGUUCCAGUCGACGAUUCCUCAACUAUGAUGUGGCGAGUUCUCAGUGGUCUCGGCACGCACGAUAUAUCAGCCAUGAGAGAAGCUCUAGGCAUGCCUCAGUCAGUGCUGGGUGUUUAUUCCGGGGUGCCAUUUUGGAGCGUGAUCUUUCAAUACCCCGGCUUCGCGGUGAGCUAUGAGUCUGGGCUCCAUUCUGUGCCUCACUUUGACGCACACAUCGAAGUAUACGGAAAAGACAAGAUAGUUCGCAUCCAGUACGAUACACCUUAUGUGAAAGGUCUUCCUAUUACCCUUCGUGUAUUGAAGAGCGUAAAUGGUUCGCUCAAGGAGACAACGGUUCGGCAAACAUACGAGGACGCUUACACAAUUGAGUUGAAGAAGGUUUACGAGUGGGUAAAGCUGGGAAAACCGGUCAAGACGACCAUCGAAGAUGCCAGGCUUGAUACCGAGAUCCUACAGAUGAUUAUGAGAGCGGACCGUGGUGGGAACGCGACUCCUGAUGCCUCUUAA